UGAAAGUUUAUUUGACUCACAAAAAGGAAGGCCAAUAUUUGCAGCAACUAUGUCACUGAAGACUUUCAAGAAAAUAUCUAGAGUUAUCAGGUUUGACAACAGAGAUACUCGAAUUGAACGGCGUUUGUUAGACAAAUUUGCUCCUAUACGUGAAUUGUGGAAUCAGUGGGUUGAGAUUUUACCGAAGCUUUACAACCCAUCCGAAAAUGUAACAAUAGAUGAACAGCUGGUAGCAUUCAGAGGAAGAUGUCCUUUCCGACAGUACAUACCAUCAAAGCCCGCGAAGUAUGGAAUCAAGUUUUGGGUACUUUGUGAUUCUGCAACAAGCUAUGCUUGGAAUAUUCAACCUUAUACUGGUAAGGAAAUCGGAAAUACACCUGAAAGAAAUCAAGGUAUGCGUGUAGUCCUUGAUUUAGUUGUAGGGCUAAAGGGGCAUAAUCUUACGACUGAUAACUUUUUCACAUCUUAUCAACUGGGACAAAAACUACUAGAGAAACAGAUCACACUAGUUGAAACUAUACGCAAAAACAAGCCCGAAUUACCACCAGCAACAGUCAAUAUAAAAGGAAGACCAGUUUUGUCAUCAAGUUUUGCUUUUACCAGGAAUACUACUAUUGUGUCUUAUAUCCCGAAGAAAAAUAAAUCUGUGAAUCUUCUAAGUACAUUUCAUCAUGACUCGAAAGUAAGUGAUCGUGCAGAUAAAAAGCCAGCAAUAAUUCUAGACUACAAUAAAUGUAAAGGCGGUGUAGACACAUUGGACAAAGCAGUUAGUUGCUACACUUGCAAAAGAAAGACUAAGCGAUGGCCUCAAGUGGUGUUCAGCAAUAUGGUCGAUAUAUCAGCUUAUAACGCUUUUGUCCUAUUCAAAUCUGCUAACCAUGCCUGGAAAGAGAACUGUCUUGCUAAGCGCCGCUAUUUUUUGGAAAAUCUAGGAAUGCAGCUUGUAAUUCCCUACAUACAAAAACGGCAAACACUACCUCGGGCACCUUUUUCACUUGAAAUGGCCAAGAAAAUACGAAGUGCAUCUGAAAACAAUGCACAAUCUUCUUCUUCAACUCAGCCCUAAAGCAGUACAGGAAGGAAAACAACCAAAAGGAGCCGAUGUCAAUUAUGUCAAAAAACAGUUUAGUUUGCGACAUUUGUAAUAAAUUUAUAUGUAAGCAGCAUUC